AUGUGGUACGGCGAUACCGCGGGACAUUUUGAAGAUGCUAAUGUUGGUGCUGGGGGAAAGAAUAAGGGAUUUAAAGAUCGGAACUCCCUAAUAAAAGAAUCCCAAGAAUUUGAAAUGAUGGGGCCUCUGCUGUGUGAUGUCUUUAUGAUUGAAAAAUAUCUCUUGAGCUUUGUUGAUCUAAGGAUUCGACUGGUGCCUAAUCCGCCAGAAUAUUUCAUCAUCUCAGGCGAGGCCGGAAAAGAGUACCAAAUAGAUUUCACCUCUAUCAAGCUCAAGGUGAGGAAAGCAAAGAUUGCAGAUCAUGUCCUUGUGGGGCAUGCAAGUGCGCUGGAAAAGUYACCCGCAGUUUAUCGGGUUCCAAGAACCAUGUGCAAAGCGUUCACAAUACCUGGAACAACACCAUCCCUUGUUAAAGAUAAUGUGUAUAACAGUCAGGUUCCAACUCGUCUUACUAUAUUCAUGACCAAGGCAUCGGCAAUCAAUGGAAGCUACACGACGAACCCUUUCAACAUGGACCUUUUCUCUAUUUCUUCCAUCGGUGUUUAUAUCGACGGGGAACAAUCACCAGGAAAGCCUCUCAAGUUGAAACUUACUGGUAGCGGCAAAAAGUACUUGGAAGGCUAUCAGACUCUGUUCACAGGUACGGGGAAGUAUCACGACGAUGCAGGCAAUCAAAUCACACGCCAUGAUUAUCAAAACGGAUACGGGUUCUUUGUGUUUGAUUUAAAACCGGAUGGAUGUGACACAUCGGGUCAUUUUGGUCUAAAACAGAAAGGAAACCUCUYGAUCGAGAUUGUCUUCACUACAGCAUUGACGGAGGCUAUAAACCUGUUUUGCCUUGGUGAAUUUGACAACGUUCUGGAGAUUGAUAAACACAGAAACGUGCUGUACGAUUACACGUCAUGA